AUGGACUACAAGGGCCCAUUGGAGUUCAAUCAGCAUGAGCUCGAUAGUUCAAAAGAGAAUACUGACAAACCUUCUCUUAAUGAGACAUAUGUGAAAGAAUAUGACCGGAGUAUUUCAUCUCCGCCUAAAGAAAAUGAUGGAUAUGGGUAUCGUGUAGACAAUGAAUACGAUGUGGAUGACAGUGUUGAUGGUGAGAAGGGGGAAGUUCGUAGUACCGAGGUGAAGCGUGCUCUGAAACCACGUCAUAUUGGUAUGAUUGCACUUGGAGGUACCAUUGGUACUGGUCUUUUUGUUGGUAUUUCAGAACCUUUACAAAAUGCCGGUCCGGUGGGUAUGCUAAUCGCAUAUUUAUUUAUGGCAACUAUCGCAUUUAGUGUUAUGCAGUCAUUAGGUGAAAUGGCUACUUAUAUUCCUGUUACCUCAGCAUUUUCUGUGUUUUCCCAGAGAUUUCUUUCGCCUGCGUUUGGUGCAGCUAACGGUUACAUGUAUUGGUUUUCAUGGUCUAUCACGUUUGCAUUGGAGUUAUCGGUUAUUGGGCAAAUUGUACAGUACUGGACAUUCAAAGUUCCAGUAGCGGCAUGGAUUUCUAUUUUUUGGGUUUUAAUUGCAGGAUUAAAUUUUUGCCCUGUUAAAUUUUAUGGUGAAUUUGAAUUUUGGAUUGCAUUCAUUAAAGUUGUUGCCAUCGUCGGAUUCAUAAUUUACUGUUUUAUCAUGGUUUGUGGUGCUGGUAAGACUGGUCCAGUUGGGUUCCGUUACUGGAGACACGGCUAUGCAUUCGGUGACGGUAUCAUUUCCAAAAAUAAAAAUGAAGCAAGAUUUUUGGGCUGGGUUUCCUCAUUGAUCAAUGCAGCAUUCACCUAUCAAGGUACAGAAUUGGUUGGUAUUACCGCUGGUGAAGCUGCAAAUCCAAGAAAAACUGUUCCUAAAUCUAUCAAGAGGACGCUGUGGCGUAUUUUAAUUUUCUACAUCUUUUCGUUACUUUUUGUUGGUUUGUUGGUUCCAUUCAACGACCACGGGCUUCAAGACAGUAGAUCAUAUGCAGCUUCAUCACCAUUUAUCUUGGCGAUUAAAAAUUCAGGUACUAAAGCUCUACCGGACAUUUUCAAUGCUGUUAUAUUGACCACAGUUAUUUCCGCAGCUAACUCAGAUGUGUACGUCGGGUCACGUGUGAUGUACUCUAUGGCAAGAAAUAGAUUAGCUCCACCUAUUUUAGCUAAGGCUAGCAAAGGAGGUGUUCCAUAUGCAGCUGUUCUAUUCACUAGUGCUAUCGGUGCACUGGCAUAUCUAGAAACUUCAUCAAGUGGUGCAAAUGUUUUCAACUGGUUAAUGAACAUUACUGGUGUUGCCGGAUUUUUCUCCUGGUGGCUAAUUUCAUGGUCUCAUUUGAGAUUUAUGAAAGCUUUGAAACAAAGAGGUAUUUCUCGUAACGAUUUGCCUUUUAAAGCAUCAUUCAUGCCAUGGAUUGCCAUUUAUUCGUUUUUCUUCAUGACUCUCAUCAUCCUAGUACAAGGUUUCACAUGCUUUACACCACAUUUCCAGGCAAGUGAUUUUGUUGCGUCAUACAUCUCGGUUGGAUUAUUCUUUGUCAUUUGGGCGGUUUUUCAAAUUUGGUUUAGAUGUCCACUAUUAGUUCCAAUAGCAGAAAUCGAUAUUGAUACUGACAGAAGAGAUGUUGAUGCUGAAGUAUGGGAAGAUGAACCUCCAAAGACUUUAUGGGAUAAAUUUUGGAAUAUUGUGGCAUAG